AUGGGUUCCAAAUUCCAGCAGGCGACGACUCUUCACAUCAUUCUUUUCCUGCAGAUAAUUCAUUUGGUCACAGGCCAGUAUGAAAUUAUUACUCCUGACAAGCCUGUCAUUGGAGUCAUUGGAAAAGGAGCCAUCCUGCCCUGUCAGCUGAAAAUUAAGAUAAACCCUGAGAGACUACUUGUUCACUGGGUGUUUACUGGACACUCCAAAAAAAUUGAUGUGACCACUUAUGGUGGAAAAAACUCACACAAUCCAGUUCACGAGGAUGAGACAUACCAGGGCAGGACAAAUUUUUUUUGGUCUGACUUUAAUAAGGGAAAUGUGUCUCUUCACCUGAAAAAUGUCACACUCUCAGACAAAGGGAAAUACACCUGCAGUGUCUUUUUUGAGAAUUGGUAUGAUGAAGCGGUGGUUGACCUGGAUGUGGCAGCUAAAGGUGAUGAGUCUUCAGUUUUCCUGGAUGGUCCUGUGGGUCAGGGCAUUGGCCUCACCUGCAAGUCACAGGGAUGGUUUCCAGAGCCCAAAGCAGUUUGGCUGAACAGCAAAGGACAGACACGGAAGGAGGAAGUGACCACCCAAAGCACGAAGACAUCUUCAGGCGUUUUUGAUGUUGUAAGUUCCAUGAUUCUCGAACCGGGAUCUGUCAAGGAAGUCUCCUGCAGGGUAGUCAAUAACCUACUCAACGCAAUGUGUGAAUCCCGAGUCCUGAUUUCAGAUGUCUUCUUUCCUUCCACUUCACCUUGGAUGAUGGCAUUCCUUGUAAUUUUAUUUCUUAAUAUAGCUGUUAUUGCUGCUAUUGGUUAUAAACUACACAAUUUCUGGGAAGCCCGGAGCCACGCAGUUCCCGUUACUGUGGAUCCUGACUGCCGAGUCCUGGAGCUCCAGGUGCCGGGGACUCCAGAUGUGGAGAGCAAUGCGUCUGAACCUGCUGGCCCAAAUGCUCCCUCCACAGUCCCUGUCCUGCUGGGGAAGGAAGGGUUUGCAGCUGGGAAACACUACUGGGAGGUGGAGGUGGGCCAGCAGCAGGACUGGGUGCUGGGGGUGUUGAGGGAGAAAGGGAGGGAGGAGGAGGAAGGGACCCUCCCCGGGGAGGACUUCUGGGCUCUGCACAGGUCCCAGGGAGAGAUUUUCUCCAGCAAAGGAGACCACAGGAUUGCGAAGCAGCAGAUGGGUAAUUCAGUGAUCGGUGUGCUGCUGGACUUGGAGGAAGGGCAAGUGAACUUUUACGAUGCAGAGCAGAUGGGCGUCAUGGUGAGAAUGCCUCUAAGGCUUGGAAAGGAACCUGCAGAAAUGUUUUACCCUUUUCUAUCCAAAAGGGAAGGGAUGCUCACACCUCUCAUCCACCCGGUCUUAACCCCUGUCCCAUUAAAGCUUCUUUAA